AUGAACCACCAAAGCUCUGCCAACAAUUUAUCAUCAGAAGAGAAGAUGGGCCUCCUGGACGAGAGACGGGGUUCAGAUGCUGCAACAGACACCACCCAUACCGACGGCCAUUUUCACCUUGGUAUCCUUAGCCCUUCUGCGGAUACCCUGAAAGCACCAUUUGGAUACAUUCGAUCGACCCCGUGGCGGAUUCUGGCCGUUCGCUUCUUCAUCUUUCUGACACCUAGCUUUUUGCAAGGUCGUCACGCUCGCGAGCAGAUAUGCCCAGCUAAGCUUGCUCCAACUGCCUACCUUGAUGGCAUGCGUGGUUUGGCAGCACUAUUUGUCUUCUUUUGCCAUUAUUUUUAUCAAGCAUUCACUAUCGCCGAGGGAUGGGGUUGCGGCGAGACCAAUUACCACAUUCUCAAACUGCCAUUCCUUCGUCUUUGGUACCAAGGCCCUCCGGCGGUCUGCGUCUUCUUUGUCAUUUCUGGAUAUGCGCUAUCAUAUCGACCUAUGAAACUAAUUCGGAACGGAGCAUGGUCCGAAUUCGCCAAUACUAUGAGCUCUCUCAUCUUUCGACGUGGGAUUCGGUUAUAUCUUCCCACAGCAAUCUCAACUUUCAUGAUUAUCUGUUUCUUGCGGAUUGGUGCAUACGAGUGGACUCGAGUCUUUGCAAACGAUCGAAAGUACAUGAAAAACAUCGUGGAGCCGCAUCCAGCACGCAUGGAGCAUGCGUAUGCCCAGUACAAGGAUUGGCUAUUACACAUGUUUAGGUUUAUUCAGGUAUUCAGUUGGGACAAGUUUGGCGGAAGUACCUCAUACGACGUCCAUUUGUGGACAAUUCCCGUCGAGUUUCGAUGCUCGCUUUACCUCUUUCUUACUAUUCUCGGCACCGCCCGUCUACGUACUUCGAUCCGAUGGCUCACAGUUGCCUUCGUCAUGUGGGUCACCUAUCGUAACAGUCGAUGGGAGCUUCUGCUGUUUUUUUGCGGAAUGCUCAUUGCUGAAAAUGAUCACAUACGUGGUGCGCACAUUCCGGAGCCUAAUCCAGCCCUGCCGAUGGAAGAAAAGCCUCGUCCGACCAAAACCAAGCUUUGGCCCAUCUUCUGGGCCCUAUUUAGUAUUCUUGGCUUGUACUUGAUGUGUCAGCCAGAUGGUCGAGGUGAAAUUACUCCUGGGUGGAUAUGGUUGUCUUCUCUCAUACCCAAGUGGUGGAAGGAAGAAAGGUACCGAUACUGGCAGUCGACUGGUGCUGUCAUUUUCAUCAUUGCGGUGAGCCAUUCGCCUCGAUGGCAGCGCUUCUUCAACUUGCCAGUAGUUCAAUACUUUGGCAAGAUCUCAUACGCCAUCUACCUUAUGCACGGGCCGGCCAUGCAUGUUGUAGGCUACCAUUUUGAGAAGUGGGCAUACAGCGUAACUGGAGUAGAGGGUUAUUGGUAUAAUGCGGGAUUCAUCCUGGGGGCGUGCUUCUGCAUCCCCACGGUUGUGUGGUGGGCGGAUAUCUUCUGGAGGGCGGUUGACAUUCCUACUGUCAAGUUUGCCAAGUGGUUUGAGAGCAAGGUAAUUGCCAAAGCGUGA